AUGUGGAUGAACUCUGCAGGGUCCUUUAUGGUACCGGAAUAUCUUCGCGACCAGUUGGAGGAGUUUGAAGAUAACCGUGACCCAACCCGUGAAAGCCUAUAUGAUUAUUUUUCCCAAAUCCUGGAGGAGCACGGACCGCUGGCGCUGGACGACCCGCUCCUGGUCAGCGAGUUUGAGAAUUUCCCGGGAGAGACCCAGGAGCUGGUGUGCAAAGCCGGAGGCCUGAUGUCCUUCCUCCUGGAAUCCCUGCGUUUUGUGAUGAUGAAGGGGAUGGUGGGGCUGAUGAAGCACGCCGUGAUGAUGAAGAGCACGGCCGCCUAUCAAGAGCCUUCGGAAGCCCCCAGCGACCCCCCCAGGACGGUGGCUCACCUGAACCCAGCAGCUAAGGAAUUUAAACCCAUAUCUUCACAACAAUCCCAAGUGGCGUUUCCGCUGACUACUUAUUCCCUAACCGAUGAGGAAAACUUUAACAGACAUUAUAGCACCGACCAGGGGACUGAUACUUCAACUGAUAACGUAUAUUACUCUAUUAAUGCAUAUUCUGAUUUAAAGCCAGGGGUUUUAAAGCCUCAUUCAUCCAUCUAUAAACCGAACACCAGCUGUCCUGAGGUGGAUCAUUAUUUAAUCUCUUCUACAUCGCUGCCCGGCACAGACUCCUCAUUCUGCGUCCUCUCCACAUCUCGCUCUUCCCCAGUACUGCCCGUUUUUGCCAUAGGACAUGACAUCUCUAACUAUAAUUAUGUAUUUGACUCUCUCGACCAUCGUGGGGAGCUGGGUUCAGGAUCGUAUGAUGACGGGACUGGCCCGUUGCCCACAUCAGGUGACGAUGCGUCAUUAAUAAAUUUAUUUGAGGGGACGUUUGCCCCCCCGGGCGCUAACCCCUGUGUGUCAAAAAGGACAAAAGGAGGUGGUGAGGAGUCGAAUAGUUCCAGUAACCAAACGAAGAAUGGGUGUAAACCGAGACCAUUACUAAGGACUAUAGGGUACAGGUGGGCUUUUAAAGAUCCCGUAGCACUAUCGGAAAGGAGAAGGACAGUUUCCCCCAGGUUGACAAUCCCCCAGGUUUAUCAGGAAUCCUCGAGUCAUGUCAAAGUCAAUACAGAUCCAUUUCAACCCUUUGAAAAUCAGCAGGGGGAUAUUUUGAGGAUUGAGAAAGAGCACAACGUUCUACAGAAGCAGCUGCGAGAAGCAGAGGAAAAGUACAAACAACUCUCUGUCCGCAGCCUGGAGGAGGUCAGUGCGCUGGAGGCAGAGGUGGCCCAACACGUCCAGAGAAAUGAGCUGCUCAAAUCCGACCUUCAGUGCUUCCGCCAAGCCGCAGAGAGCGAAGCCAAGCGAGGGCAGCUGGAGCGACGAGAAAACCAGGAAAGUUUAAAGCUGCUGAAAUCCAGGAGCAAAGAGCUUGCCAAAAUGAACGAAAUGUACAGUCAAAAUAUUGAGGAAAAGAUCCAGCUGUGUGAAAAAUGCGUUGAAGAAUUUGAGGAGAUAAGUAUCCAGUCUUCAGUAGAAAAGAUAAAGUUGGAAGACGCUACUAAAAAGAAUCAUCAACCAUGUCAGAAUAUUACUAAGAGGGCGACUGAGGCAGAGGUGUCUGUGCUGCAGAACUGGCAACGCGUAGGAUUAUUUUUCCACCACAAGGCUGUAGAGGAUGCGAAAAGCCACCUGAAUAGAAUGAAAACCAUGGCCUCCAGUAACCUCUCCUCAGCUAUCCCUCAGCUACACGUGUCCCUGGCUGCCUGGGAGACCUUCCUGUUGCAAGUCAGCAUUCAAAUCCAGCAAACAGAGAACCGAUUCGAAGAUCAGAUAAAGGCAGUGAACGGCGGAAUCCCCCUCGGCAGCCUCAACCCGGUGUUCAUCCCCAGCCUCCCAUCAGGACCAGCCAACACACUGCUGUUUGACAAGCCGCCCAUCGAUGAUCCCGCCAUCAUACACUAUUCGUCAUCGUCGUCGACUGUCCCGUUCCACAUGCAGCAAAUGUCAAUGUCACACAUACAAGCGCAGACCUCAGCCUUUCCGCAGGCCUCCUCCAGCUCCGCCUCCUCCACCUCUCUGAUGAAUCUCCUGAACGUACCUCCUGCUUCACCCAAAGCCCCCGGGCCAACAAAUCCAACCCACCAAACCCUAACCCCUGUGCCGCCCCUGGCCAAACCCAUGCCCUGCGUCUUCAACGAGGGGACAGGGAAGGCCUGGCCGGACCUGCUGCCCGGCUUCCAACCUCAGCUUCUUCAACGUCCGUCCCCUUGGUCUCCCGUCAGCCAGCAGCGGGGGAUGCCCGGCGUUCCCGAGAGCGGGGCCAAGCUGCCGGGAAUCCUGACGGACCCCCAACCCGCUCACGAUGCCUGUGGAAAGCCUCAGCCGCACAAGAACAGCUUCGAGAAGAUCAUGGACUGUCUCCUGGGCAUGUUCCCCCAUUACACAAGGAGAGUUUUGACUGAGUUUAUCUGCGAGGUUCGCAGGGUGAAUGACGGAUCCCUCUCCGGUUUGGCUUACGAGGAAUGCAUCGCUCGAGUAACUGAGCUCAUCCUUAAUCAGCAGGCUCAGUUUGCAGCCUCGAGUCACCAGCAGACCUCGAGGCCCCAGUCUCCUCGAGCCCCCGGCACUGCCAGCCCACAGCCAGGCUCCAACGCCGGUCACCAGACCUCGAGACCCUCCACCCCAGCAGGUCCCAACUCCCCCAGAGCAGCGUGCUCUGCCUCACAGGCUUGGAGAUCUCUGCACGUCCACUCUGCCUCCGCGUGGGACAAGAAAGACACGGGGACGGCUUUGGACGAAGACCCCUGCAUAAUCUGUCACGAGGAUUUGUCACCGGAGAACACCUGCGUGCUCGAGUGCAAGCACCACUUUCACGUGUUGUGUAUCAAGGCGUGGCUGAGGGAGAACCGUACCUGCCCAACCUGUCGUGUCCACGUGCUGCUGCCCGAAGACUUCCCCACGCUGCCCGGGAAAGCCAGAGUCGCCAACUCUUCGCCCUCUCUCUAACCGGAUUCUCCGAGCCCCGGGGUUAUAAACACAGCGGAGCGCAGAUGCUUUUUAUCCACGUGCUCUUGUUUGCUUCGGUGUUUGGUUGCUGUGCGUGCGUUUCU